CGUACAUAAUCAUAGUAAAAAUGAACAGUAUACUGUAUAUUCCUUACCUUACAAAUUUAAGAGCAAUUCUUAAGAUUUCUAAUUCAGUCUAAUUUGUUCAGAAAUUGUGUAGGCUCUAUACGAAAAAUCUGAACACUGUUCGCUCGUAGCAUUGUCAAUAUCUAUCUUUGGUUGUACUACUAUAAAAAUGCGUUAUUCAAUUUCGACAUGUUCAUGAUAACGGUAUAUUCGAAACUGAAUUUAAUCAAACAUAGUCUCUAUCUGGAAUUACUUUUCAUAGUAUUAGUUUUUGGCCAGGAAGAAAAUCUAAAAAAAAGAAAUGGUGAAUUAAGAUAUAACUUUUGUGCAAGAGUGUAACAUUUAUAAAAAAAUUACACUACCUGUUUAGUAAUUUAUAUCGGUUUUAGGUUUUGUCUGUUUAUUUGUUCAUAAACAUGUGUAUAGAGACUGCGGUUUCAUUUGGUGUACAGUUGGUGCACUUUGAUAUGAGCGGGUUUACUAUUUGGCUUAAACAGUAUUUAUAAUCGAUACAAACUGUGUGAGUUUUUACACGUGAUUGAAAAAGAGUCCUUUAACAAACGCAAUAAUUUGUUAUGUUGGCUUUCAUAUUAAAGAAUGGCGAUUGAACUUCCAAUCAAUAAAUAUGUCCGUAAUCCAGAACCACUAGUCUGAAAUCAUUAUUAACACAGACUGUAUUUUACCGUCUUGUCAAAAAACAGUGAAUUGGCCUUGCUAUAACAGACUCGAACAGACAUAUAUCCCAAUUCCUUAUGGUGCCUUUUUUCGUCUGCAGGUGAAUUUGCAAAGAGAUUAUCUUUCAAUUUAUGAUAGAAAAGAAACGAAGCCAGUUUAGUUUGUACAUGUAAGCCAUUGUCAAGUAUCCAGUGAACGGGUGUUUUAUGUAAACAAAAAGAUAAGACAUGGAUUCGAUGUAGAUAUAUUUGGUGGUUACGGCCCAGAUGCUUAGCAAACAAAGUCGAAUAAUACAGUAAUAGAGCAAAUGAGUUUAAAUAUAAGUUGUAUAUUACAGAAAAGUUAUUUUUUUUCGAAAUAACAAUUUGAAUUGGAUACUUAUUGCGAAGCAAGAGGCGGAGCUGACUACAAUAAAUUACUGCCCUUUAAAACUUUCAUUAACACUGCAAUUGUCCUAACAUACAAGUAUUUGCUGCGUAUUGGGAAAUCACAAAACCAGAUAUACAAACAUUCUUCGUAAAAAAAGACAAUUUUUAAAUGUGUUAGAAAAAUUGUGAACAGAACAAAAUAAAACCUUAACCAGCAACAUCAUUCUGAGUAUCUACAAUUUAAGAUUGUCGUGUAUAUACCUUAAUAGUUCAAUAUGUCAUAAAGUUUAUUAAUAAAAAUUUACUACAAUGUGUCAUUAAAAAAUAAAUGCUUCUUGGUUAUAGAAUGACAGAUGAAGGAGUUAUUUGCAAUCCGUUAACAAGUUAUACAAAAGUCUUAGUACAUGUGGUAACGAUCUCUAUAAGAUAUCGUUACCUCUUCCUCUUAUAAUACUAGUUUUAUUAUUUUAGAAAACAACUCCGAUAAGCAUGUGUCUGAGUUUCUGGAAAAUGAAACAUAAAUUUGAUAUUUUGAAAAAUACAAAGGAAUCCACAACAAAAAGAAGACUGUACACAAACACAAGUGAACAUAAAACAUUAAAACCAAGCAUAUUUGAAUACAGGCAUGUAGCUGAUAUCGUACAAAAAAGGCUGGAACUAAUUCAGAAUCCGAAGGAUUGCAAUAAUCAGAAAUGGGUCAUAUGUGAACUUCCAUCAAAAGGCUUUGGUUAUCAGGUACAUCUUUUAACCAUAUGUUUCACUGUCGGAUAUUUUACAAAUAGAACCGUUAUGAUUAGCACAGAUGUCAGCAAGCACUCAAAUACAGCAUGGGGCGAAAUGUUGUUACCGCUAAGCAACACAUGCACAUCACCAACUAAUCAGACAGCUGCUAAAGUUGUUUUUAGUGUGUUUGGCACUGAUGAUAUACCAGUGAUAAAGGCGAGUUUUCAAACAAACUACUUCGAUCUUCAAAGAACCAUUCCUUCGUAUUUAACAAAUGUUAUUGAUCAUUUCCAUUCAAACCCAUCUCUUUGGUGGGCUGGACAAAUAGCUACGUUCAUACUUAGACCUAGCAAAAACUUUAACCUUCUUAUCGAGAAAAGCAAGGCAGAGCUAGGAUUUCAAAAUAUCACUGUCGGGCUACUAGUUCAAAUAAAGAACAAACAAACCCAAGCAAUACAUUGCAAUUUUAAUGAAUAUAUCAAUUUGGUUGAAAAAUGGUAUAUGGCAUACGAAAGAAAAUCUGGUUUAUCUGGAAUACAAAGAAGAAUCUACAUAGCUACUGACGAACCUUCUGUUGUAGAAAAGGCUAAGCAACUGUAUAUAUUGUGACCUUUUUUCGAAUAUUUUAUAUUUUAAUAAAGACAUUCAUUUAUUCACGUGCUAGUUUCAUAACAUAAACAGUACAUAAAUAUGUGUUUUGUAGUAAUUCAAAAUUUAAUAUUACAGAUAAACCUGGAUUAAGACAUUAAAUAUUCUGUGACGAGACGUCUUUAUUGUGCUUCAUUUUAACAUACACAAACAUGACAUUUUUAAACACAAAUAAAUACAAAUUUAUUGUGUAUCUUCAGUAGCUAACUACUUUUUUCUUUUUUAUUUAUUGUACUCUUCAUGUAACACGAUCAAUCUUUAAAGAAAAACAAUGUAAUUAAAGUGACACUUUGAUCAUUUUUCUUUGACAUAUUGACUUGAAUAAGUAUUUCUUUUUUAAAGUUGACUCUUAUAAUGGUGAAUGACCAACAAUCCAUAGUGGUACAAUAUAAAAAGGAAUUAUAAAAGACUGCCCCGCACUUUUUGAAAAAAAGAGCAGUUCGAUUCAUUUUGUUAUUUAUAAACAUUUCUGAUCAUCAUUUGAAUUAUUGAUUUUUUUUCGUAGUAAAAUACAUUAACGGCAAAGUUAUUUUCUUUUUUACCACUCCACAGAGACCAUGUGCAAUGGAAUAGGCAUAAUGUCAUUUUAUAUAAAAUACGUUUAUAUUAAGCCGUUCGAAAUUUUAUGGACAUGUAAAUUAAACAUUAAACAGUUUUUUUUUGUUUUUAUAUAAUAAUAAUAAUGAACAACAAUGGAAAAAGUUCAAAAGCAUGGCAUAUAAAUGUAUGUAUAAUAUUAUAGUUUUUUUUCGUUUUAGGUAUUCCAACUAAAGCUUUUUGUACAAACCUGGUGGAAAUCAAAGCCAUGCCCAAUUUCCUUCAGUUGCUGGAACAAUACUUGACACCUAUCUGUUAUCAAUGACUAUCUUAUCUGCAACAUGUCUUCAGAUGAAUGCAGACUAGCUUUUGAACUUAUGCAGCCUCGACACACAGAUGGAUCGAAAUUAGCUAAAUCACUGGACUGCCCAUAUUUUAUCGAUUCCUUGUAUCAUCGUAAUUGUAAAUUACCACUUUGGCGGACAAAAGAUUUUGAAAAUUUUAUUCACAGCAUAUUUUAGAUUUCUAUACAAGUUAUUUCCUACUCAAACAUUCACAAAAUAUUUAUGUUUCUUUGACUGGUUAAAGCAAUUAUUUGACUCUGAAUCGUUUAAUGAGUUAUAAUUAAGCAUGUGUUUUAGUCCGAUUAGGAUAAUAAAUGGUCUAAGGAUACUCAAUCUUUAGAAGUUUUAUUAAAAUGAAAAACAAUCUUAGAAGACAGAAUUAUUUUAUGAAAAAAUUGUAUUUGUUUUUGAUGAACAAUCAAAUAUCUAGACCAAGUUAUGACUUUUAUGAAAAUAAAUUAUAUUUUUAUAAAUUAAUAAUACUGACUGUCGCAAGUGUAUUCAUGUUUUCCUUGAAAGAAGUUAUUUAGUGUAACGGUUAUAUUAUAUAUUAAUCCAACUGGGGUUAUCAUACAGGACUGCAAUUAACACUAAGUGCCUAAAUGAAAAUUCUUUACAAAAUUAUUGUAAUGACAAAAAGGUGCUGAUUAUAAAGCGUUUUUAUCUUUCGUCACGGAACUUUGCUCAGGAAAUCAUGUUUAAUAAAAGCCAUUGUAACCUAUUUUCAACACUAAAUAAAUACAUGUGACGUACAGGAAAUAAGAUGUUUGAAAUAUCUUCUCUGCUUGGGAUAGCAAUGAUUUAUGAUAUUAUAAGAUAUAGUUAUAUAGAUUUGUCAGAGUGUUGUCCCUUUAAUGAUUUUAAUUUUAGAUUUUUUUCGGAUUACUCCUGUUAUACCACUAAUACAAUUUCAAUAAAAGUUUACAUGAUUAAUCGGUAGCUUAAAAUCUUGUUCAUAUCUCACAGGUUUUGAGUUUGAUUUUUGGCCGAGUUAUGGCUAUCAUGAGGCAACACAUUUCGUUACUGAUUGCUCUUGGACUUAAAAAAUAUUAGUUUAAGAGCUGUAUAAUUUAUCAACGAUUAUUUUGUGAAAGAAAACGAAAACGUAUGAACACAUCUAUGUCACAACGAGAUGUAUUCAGACAAAAAAGGAUAAAAUUAGUUAUUGAUUGUCUUUAAAUGAAAAACAGGCAAAUCGAAAACCCUAUAAUAUACUCAAGUCUUAUCUCACUUGUCUAAAUCUAAUGUUUUAAGAACGUGUUGUCCAACCCGUUUGCUUUAUUGGUAUUCUUAUUAUAUGUAUAUUGUUUUGUUUCUUUUUUAAAAUGGUACAUAACUGUACAAAUGUACUGGGGAGUUGAAUAAAAUAUGAAAUGGCUGAUUUAUUGUUUCUUAAAAAAAUUACUGAGGACUGUGCUACUGUCCAUUCUGUGUAACACAAUCAUCUAGAGUUUAUUUGCGAUUAUAAAAUGGAUUUUAUCGCAUUAAAUACAGACCUGCUACCCUAUCGCAAAAUAGGUAUGCAUUCCAUUGAAUUUCU